AUGCGAUGGACACAAUUCAGUUUGCUGUGUGCGAUAAUCGUACUGGCAUUUCUAGGCUACACAAAUGCAGAGGGCAAAUAUCGCACUCCAGCACGAAUAUUGGCCAAGCAAACGGGGGCCACACAAUUCGAGGAGGAGCGCUACGAGACGCACACAAACUGCAACGAGCACAAACAUCAUCUGAAGAAACGUGCCUCUGAUGAGGAUGUGGACUACGAAGUGUAUCAAGGUGUUGUGGGACGACCUGGCAUAGAUUUUCCAAUCUAUCCACGCAUACCCAAAACAUCAUUCAGUUGUCGCUCAUACGGCAAUGGUUAUUUUGCUGACAUGGAAACAGAUUGUCAGGUCUUUCACAUCUGUGAGGAGGGUCGCAAGAUUUCGUUCCUCUGUCCAAAUGGAACAAUUUUCCAACAAAGUGAACUCACCUGCGAUUGGUGGUUUAAAGUGAAUUGUCUGGGCUCAUCUGGUUACUAUGCCGAAAGUGCUGAAAUCCUCAAUAAGCAACGAGUCCACCGAGUGCGUCCUUCGGUGCCAGUACAAGGCUUUAAUAUAGUGGGUGGAGGAUUAAAUAUCAAACCCAAAGUUGCAGGUCAAGGAAGAUCCGGAUCUCCUGGCAGUUCUGGGUCACGUGGCAAAUCUGACAGACGAAUUGAUUCUACUGAAGAUGUCGUUCCCUCAUCUGUGGAGACUGUGGACUUUGAUGACGUCUCGGGUGAGAAGCAACGCAAAGUUUUGCCAGUUAUCGAUAACAAUAGCAACGAUCAGGAGACUCAAAUAACAGCAGAGAGUUCGUCAUUUGUCAGUGGUUCGGGCAAGAGGCGAAAUGGCGGUGCUAACGGUGGUGCUGGACACAAUGCCAACAGUCACGAUGAGGGAUCUGGUUCGGUGGUAAAGCCUCUGCGUAGCAGAAAUUCCCAAGAGCGUAUUGGCUUGCCACGAGUUGAGUCCACAGAGCGAGCCCGAAAUGGUCAAAGAGGUCAGCAACGCUAUAAGGAUCUACCGAAUGAAGAGUCAAGUAAAGAGAAGGAGAGAGAGAAGGAAAAGGAAAAAGACAAAUUGGAGUUCUUUGAGGCGCAUUCCUCCACACGUAGCAUUCAACACACCACACCCCGUCGCCUGGAGCCAAGCAAAUCCACUCCCUUCUACACGCCCACAGUGCCCAGCGUCAGCAAAUCCAAAGCCACCGAGGGUAAACUGAAUUAUAUAAAGGGCGGACAAGCAACCACACCUAAUCCCAAUCGUUUUGGCGCCUCUGGCUCGAGUUUCCUACUGGAAUCUCUGCCGAAGGUGAAGCCCACUGCUUCUGCGAGCCUGGAUUUGGAUAAUACGUCGUUUAAGCCCGUGGUUAUUGGUAUGCGUCAUCACUACGAUGUGGCCAGCUCCGGCGAAUUUCGUAAGCCCACAGAGAGUCGAGAGUAUUUGCCCACCACUGCCGUUCCGGCAACAAGCAGUGGACCCACAUAUCUGCCCAAGAGCGGCAUUGCACCUCGAGGAAAUUCCGCCUCAGCCGCUGGAGGAGAUGCUUUACUUUUCGCCCCCAAUCCUGUUAAGGAAGAAUCGGUUUACCGCAAUGUUCAGGAUAUGCUUAAGACUAUGAAUCUACUCAAAGAUCAAUUUGAAGAUGUUGAGCUCACUGGGCAGGCAGCACAACCUGCCAGGGCGGGCUUGGAAAUUCCCCCUUCUUCUGGGCCAGAUGCUUUGGUCUCGUUGGCCAAGUAUUUUGCCCAGGAACACAACGACACCGGCAAUGCCGUGAAAAAUGGGGAAAAGCCCGAAAAGAAUGGUCUGAAAACCAAACUUUCGGUGAAACCACCCACAGUCGCUGCACUUCCUCCUCUGCCCACCGCCAAGCCCUCAGAUACCACAGCCAUAUUAACCACCUCGGAGCAGCCUCCAGCCAUCAGUGAGAAUGCCGAUGAUAUUAAGCACAGCCUGUUAAGACCUCAAACUGUGCAGAAAUAUAGCAAUCUUUUCGGGCUGAAAUCGCCGCAGGGCAGAGAUCAGGGAAAAGCAGACAUCAGUGAAGGAUUGCUUUCCAAUCAGACACAAAAAGCCGACGGCGCUGGUAACUUCCAGCAGUUCCCGCAAAUUGGCAGCACUGGCUCCACCAUAGCAUCACUGGCCGAGCAGCCCGAGUCACGUAAAAUAGCCCAAAUCUUCUCGAAUGCGCUUACCAGUUAUCUCGACAAUCCCAGCAACUUCCGGGCUGAGUUAGCUGCUCAGGCACGACCAACAGAACCACCACAAAUGACUCCCAAUUUCGAAGUGGUGACCACAACAGAUUCGUCGCUCUUCAGUGCUGGCACAGCCAAAUAUUAUUUGCCAACCAAAUCCCUGCCAGAGUCAACGACUCCAUCUAGCAUAGCGAAGGAAAUAAAUCACACGUUUGACUCGACUACCACAGCGGAGCCGGACUUUAUCACCAGCACCACCACGAGCAGUGGCAACGAUAUAACCACAAAUCGAGGAAACGAAUUGGAAUUGGAGCUCUCGGCCGAGUUGUCGCCACCCAGCCCAGACUCGGGUGAAGGUGAUGAGUUCCUGCAGCAGCAGCAGACGCAAUCGUUUGUUAAAUCACGCAACGAUCUGCUGAAGGAUGCCAAGCCACAGAAGCUGAUAACCACCCAUAAGCCAACAGAGAAUCCUUGGUCCUUGAAAUCACAAACGGAUUUUUUGGAUCCCUUGACCAUCAAUGAUGGUCUAAUGAAGGAACAAAGAUUGACCACUUCAACGACAAGCACGCCAUUUACUUAUCAGUCUAGACACAGCUCGGGCCCACUCACCACAACGUCCACGCCCUCUAGAUACGAGUGGGAGGAUAUUUUCCGUAGCUAUGACAUACCCAGAGAUGCCUUGCCCUCGAGCAGUGGCCUGCAGAGGAUAGCUAAUAAGCUCUUUGGCGGCCUAAACGAACAGGAGGCACUGCAUCUGCGAAAUGUGAUGGCCAAGGCGGAGCACGAUCGUCAGGUAUUGAGUCUGCUGCUUCUGCUCAUCCAAACCUGUGACGAUCACAAUGGACAGGCCCUGGAGAGAUCAAGGAAACAUCUGCUAAAUGCUCUCAUUGACAUCGAUAGCAAAGUGCCCAAAUCCUCACGACAGAGAUUAGCAACGACGACAACACGUAUUCCGGUAACAACUUACCGAAGGGGUGGUGAUUCCUUUACCACAAGCACUCCCGGCUAUAUAACCACCACAGAGUUACCGCUCGUUGGCUCGACAACCAUCAGUCCGUCGGGAAGCUAUGAGGAGACAACUAAAUUUGAAAUUCGUGUUCCGGAUAUCGAUGAUGACUCCUCCAUCACAACAACUUCCACAGUGGCUUCCCCAUCUCGCUCGGGGGGAGGCUUCAAUUCCCUCUCUGCCACCAAUUCGGAUCGUCGCGCCUUGGAGCUGCUCAAGUCAUUAUAUUCGCUGGCGUCGAAAUUUAGCACUAGGCGAUAGAUAAUCCAUAUGGGUUCCUAACGGUUCAUAACAUAACACAAAGUGCGUAACUUUAAGCUGCAAGGACACGAAGGACACACACUUCACAAUUUGAUAGUGUCUCAAAGGCAGCAUUCAAGCCUAACUUUUAGUCAAC